AUGGCCCCAGGGCACAUGAGCCCUGCGAUGGAUCUGGGCUCUUGGUGGGCAGAUGGGAUGCCCUCACUGCUCAGCAUCACCUGGCAUGGGCGCACCACCUUUGGCGCGGAAGCCGCUCAAGCGCCAGCUUCGUUGAGCCGUGGGGUUGCAGUUAGUUUGGCCUUGGCAAGUGUUGUCUUCCUUGCCUUUGCGUACCGUUUCCUGGACACUGGAGCGGGCUACAUCCGGGGGCAGAAUCGCAACUGCCCUCGGACGCAAGUCUUCCAUCUCUUCUUUGCAGGAAGCGCUUCCUUCCUUGCAGCUGUGCGACUGGGCACCCUGGGGUCAGAAUGGUCAGAGCAACAUCUGGAUCCUGUCUUGGGCCUGUCUUUGGGCCGUGCAGGCGCCUGCCUUCUCCUCUCCUUGGCCCUGGGCCGCGCCGCUGGCGCUCCCGCACGAGAGGUGGCACCCGUGGCCGUGCUCUUUGCCGUGAGCUGGCUGCAGCUCGGCUUGUCGUCCGUUUCCUCCCAGCUGGCCAUGCGCUUGGGCCUUUUCUGCUCAGGAUCAGUUUGUGCGGCCGUGGCUGCACAGUCCCUUGCAGCCGCCGUGGAGAGCAGCCAACACACCGCAGACGUGAAAGAGCGGCUCCUGAUGGUGAUGUCACUGGUGCAGGCGGUUACCAUUCUCUCACUGCUUGCCUGGAUGGCUACGAUGAAAUGGCAGCUUGUCCAUGAAGAGCAUACAACUCGGGGCGCCUUGGGACUUGCGCUCGAUAGCCUCUUGGAUCUGCUGGGGUUCUGCGGGACAGGUCACCUGCUCCUCAAGGAUCAGAAGCAGGCGGUCCUUGACUCAAUUUGUCAACAGCUGGCUUGUCCCCGCGCUGCAUUCUAUGCGUCCUGCGAUCAAAGUGACACGUCCAGUAACACUUCCGUUGGACAGUCUAGUGGAUCCGAAAUCUCUGCGAGUUCUGAGUCCCCACCGUUGUUUCCUGUGCAUUCGGCGGGAUGUUGA